CGAGUUGGCAACACUGGUCGUAUUCCCUGUAUUCCUUUGCUGUCAAUUCAAAAUUCGAAUCUUGACGGUUACAUAGUAGACGCUGUUUAGUCGUUGACUGUUUAUGAGCUAUUUUUCAAAAACUUAAUUAAAGUGCUAAUUCAGCUUCAUUGAAUGUCUUAUGACUGGAAACAAAGUUGAAAAUAUUAAUCGCAGUGUUCAGAAACAGUGUAAUUUCAUUAUAUUGAUGAUCGAUGUAUUGAGAUGAAAAUGGUUCGAGCUGCUCCGUUGAUCGGGGCAAAAUCAAAGUGUGGUGCUUUGCCUUCAAAGUGUGGAUCUACGCAGAACAUGGCAGCUAAUAUAAAAGUGGUGGUUCGCGUCCGGCCUUUGAACGAAAGGGAGAAAGCGGCAAACAAUCGUGUGGUGGUUGAUGUUGUCGACGAUACUAUGUUAGUUUUUGAUCCCAAGGAAGAAAUGCGUCCGUUUUUCUACCAAGGCGUCCAGCAACCAACAAAGAAUGUGUUACGGCGAGCGAAUAAGGAGUUGAAGUUUGUAUUUGACAAUGUUUGUGGACAAACUGCUUCUAAUAAGGAUAUUUUUGAGUUGACUACAAAAGAUGUCUUGGUGUCACUGAUGGAGGGUUACAAUUGUUCGGUGUUCGUGUACGGCGCGACGGGAGCGGGCAAGACUUUCACAAUGAUAGGUAGUAAAGAGAACCCGGGGAUAACUUACCUGACUAUGGAGCAUCUCUUUUACACUAUACAUUCCUUCGAAAAGGAAAGAGAGUUUGACAUCGGUGUUUCUUAUAUUGAAGUUUACAAUGAAAAUGUGUUUGACCUGCUUAAACCCUCAAAAACCCCUCUCCAACUCCGAGAAGACUCAAAGUACGGAGUGAUGGUAGCCGGCCUCACUUUAGAGAACAUCAACACUGCCCGGGAGCUGCUGAAUAUGCUGGAGAACGGGAAUAAGAACAGAACCCAGCACCCCACUGAUGCCAAUGCAGAGAGCUCGAGGAGUCAUGCAGUUUUUCAGGUGUACAUAAAAAUGCGGUACAAAACCAGCGGCCAAGCCAGAGUCGUAAAACUGUCCAUGAUCGAUUUGGCGGGUAGCGAGCGCGCGUCUGCCACCGGCUGCAGCGGCGAGCGCUUCAAAGAAGGCGCUAAUAUCAACCGGAGUCUGCUGUCGCUGGGAAACUGCAUCAACAAGCUUGCUGACGGGAGCAGCUACAUACCUUAUAGAGACUCGAAGCUCACGCGCCUACUAAAGGACAGUCUCGGGGGCAACUGCAAAACUGUCAUGAUCGCGAACAUCUCCCCCGCCAGCAUGAGCUACGAAGACACUUAUAACACGCUCAAGUACGCUGCGCGCGCCAACAAGAUACAGCUAAGCAUCAAGAAGAACAUAGUGGACGGCGACAUGAAACUCUCGCAAUACGUGAAGACAGUGGAAGAAUUGAAGAAGAGAGUGAAGGAAUUGGAGGCCAAGCUGUCUUUGAGUAGCAUACAACCUGCGGCAGGCAAGCAACAGCCCAACUUGGCUAAAGAGAAAGCCCGAGCGGAGUGGCGUCGUCGUAUCCUGGAAGCGGAGAAGCUGCACGACGCCUGCGAGAUGCAUCUCCUUGGUCUGCAAACAAGGGGCAACGUGCUGGCGCUGCGGCACCGCCUGCGCGCGCGCGCGCACUCGCACGUGGCCGCGCUGGCGCACCGCUCCUCCAACGAGGCCAUCGAACUGAUGGUUACCGAAGACAUCCCCCGUCAAGAGCGAGCCGCCGAAAGUUACGAGAAAAAGGCUCAACAUUUAGACGCGAAAAUACUCGAAGCAAAAACCAAAUGUGGCGAGAGCUGGCAACAGUUGCAAACUACCUUAGAACAAGCUGCCACCGACUGCCCAGACCUAAAAGACUUCACAGACAACAUCAUCCUCCAAAGAGAACUGAGACUUACUAAAGCCAGCGACAAUAUGAGAAAGAAACUACUCUGGAUACAGCACAAGGAAAUAAACAUGUUCACAGAAUACAUGAGCGACAUGCCCAGCAUGCUCAAAAAGCUUUACCUAACCUUAAGAGGUUACGAAAAGGUACCUCCAGCGUUAGCUAUGGAAUACAAAGAUGUUAUGAAAAAAGCUAAAUCUAUGAAAUCUAUAUCCUGGGACACGGAAGAUGAGUGUAACGAUCCAGAAUUCAAAUCAAUUUGUUGCCUUAACAUGAACGAAGACGAUGUCCAGAGUAAAUCGAACGCUACGGUCGAUAUUGUCACAGACAGUGACGAACUAACCGAUGCCGAGAACCGUGAAGUUUCGCCGAAGAAACGCAAGGGUACGCCUAUAAAGCUGGCCAAUAACGUGACUAUAGUCAUCGAUGAUUCUUUCGAGAUUUUAGACACGACGAGAACUCUGAAUUCAGCCAAAAAGGUAAAGCGGGAGGCUGAUGUCGUAUCGGAUAAGGAAAACGCAGGAAUUAUAGAUCCACACGACUUAAACUCCACUUUUGUGCUGGCGGGUAAAAUGGAGGCGUUGAAGAAACCUAAAUUGGAGCCUAACUUGAAACCGAACGUGAAACAUGAACCUGUGUAUUUGAAGAGAGGGCUGACAGACAGGACGAAUGUGCAGAGGACCUUUAAUUUUAAUGACAAAGUAUCGUCGGUGAAGGCCGCGGUGGGCGUGGCGCGGCCCCUCCGCCGCGCGCCCGGCUUCGGCUCCAGCCUGGCGCGCGACGGCAAGCCGCUCGCCAGGCCCGCGCAAGUGAGCGAGAAGGUUGUCGGGUAUAAAUCCAUGCGUGCGAGGGAGAGGAUCCCCGCGCAUCCUUAUUCGAGGCCCGCGCGCCGGUGAUACAAGAGCUGACAGAGCGCGCGUUAAAAAGAAAAUAUGCGAGCAAAGUACUUUAUAAGCGGUGACUUCCAUAUUCAGAAUAGUGACAACAUAAUUUAGUUCUUAUUGUGAUUGAAAUUAGGUUAGAUCGGUCGCCGCAUGCAUAUCAAAGGUUACAAAGCAACCAACAUACCCACCGCAUUUACUUUUAAUAUCCCACAUAUUACAAUGAUAGAUUGACCCAAUUUGUCCAACCGAUUUGUCAGGAAAGCGGGAUGAUUGGUUGAUGAACAUUGCCUAUCAUGCCCAACAUUGCCUGGCUUAUUAAAACAGAUUCUCUACAAAACAGUAGUCUUUGUCUAGCCUAAUAAUGGUAGCGAUUCUCAGAUAAUUUAUUGUAAUAGAGAAGUGAAGUCUAUGGAAAAACGUGCCCCUUAGUUUGACAUCGAAAAAAGAUGGUGCUGUACUGCGGUCACUGAAUUGUCAAACGUCAACUUUUGACAAUAAGUUACUGCAAAAUGUAUGGAGCUGUACAGCGCCAUCUCGUUUCGUUGUCAAAUUCGAAGCACGACUUUGUCUUAGAUUUCACACAUCUUUAUUUUAUUUUGUAAAUAAGCACCGUUAGGCCAGGCAAUGUUGGGCAUGGUAGGCAAUUUUGAGUAGGUUGAAGGUAGUAAAUUGGCAUAAAAUUGGCCAAACUGUCAUUUUAGUAUGUAGGAAAUAAAAACAGCUUAGAUGAACGAAGUAGCGUUGCACCACGAUUUCAUAUCUAGGACUUAUAAUGAUUUGACAACUAGGACACUUGUAAUAAUUACAUCACGGAAUACAGGCCACUCUGGCCAAUUCGAAAGUGCACUGACAUUAGAAUCAUAUCAGUUAUCUGUCAUUCGCGCGGGCGUCUCACUCGCACUAAUACUGGUACGGACAAGUCUGAGCGAAAUGAACGCGCGAAUGACAGCUAGAGUCAGACCAAGAUAAGUUGGCAGCGAUGAUAGUCCAGAGAGCGCAAGUGUUAUUUUAAAAGUCAACACGAAGACGUUUACACUUGCACAGGCUGGGCUAUUAAAAUCGUUGCCAACUUAGCUUGGUCAGGCUUUAACUGAUAUGAUUUUAAUAUCAUUCUAAUAUCGGUUAGAUGUUAGAGCACUUUCGAAUUGGCCUGGUAGUUUGAUUUCACUGAAAUAAAAAUAAUCAGGAGACACGAUUAGGCUUGAUUUUUAUAAGCUUUAAGUCCGACCUUCAUUUGUAACGGAAUAUUACGGUAAUUAUUAAGAAUUUAAUUUUUAGUCUUAUUGUAAUUUGUAAGCAUUUAGACUAAAGCAUAUUUAGAUUACGUUGUUUACUGAGAAUAUUCAUUGCUUUAAUAUUUUUAAUUUGUAUGCUUAGUAACAUAGCUUGGCUGUUGUAUUUUAUAUUGAAAUUGUGUAAUUUCUAUAAUGAUUGUACUUUUUUGUUUUAUAUGGAGGUUUGAUAUGUACCUUAUUAAAUGUAGAAAAUUAUGUAAUUAUUAUUGUAUUUUAUUGUAAGAUGUUGAUCUGCGAUAAUAUGACUAUAAAAAAUACUACCGACAAUAACGUGCCUAUUUUAAGAAAUGUUCUUUUAUUCUUUUUACGCAGAUUUUAUCUUGCCUUACCGUAUUAAUCUAUAUGUGUGGGUAAAAUUUUGGACGCCAUAUUAGAAUUACUUUCUGAAGUUCUAUUAGGUUCAAAUUAGGUAUACGUAUAAAAGACCAGUGACAAAUAUUUGAGGUGUUUCAGAAUUUUUUCUAUGUGGAGAAUUUCGCUUUUGGAUUUUUUCCGACUAUACAUCAAUAGGUACGAGCACACAUGCUAAGGAUACUAGAUUGGAACCAUGCUAACUCUGCCUUGCUUUUGCAAUGACAAAGUAUGGAAAUGUCAUAAUUAAAUUAAUUUUUAACAAGCAGAAACGUUUGCGAACGAUGCUAUUAAGCUUAGAAUAAAUUUAAAAGUGGGUAAGCUUAUUGUCAUAAUUAAUGUCUAAUUUCUAUGAAAAUAUGACGUUUAUAAUGACACACCUCACGUUCGGUGCAAUUCGGUGCAAAGUUAGCUUAGACUGACUACCGGUCUGUUUUUUAUCGCAGGUACAAAAGUGGUAGUUCGAUUGGCCUAUUUACAACCCAAUGUUUUGGACCAAUUUGUUGGACAAAUUUAAAUAACUGAACAGUCUUUUACAGUACAUAUGGGGCUACUUUAUAGCACUAGUGCGAGAAGUAGCAUAUUAUGUUACUGUGUCGAACAUUUAAAGGGCCAUAUGUACUGUAAAACGUUGUACGAUACAUGUGCGAAUAGGUAAUUCGCAACUCGUGUCGAUUUAAAACACUCCCUUCGGUCGUGUUUUAAUUUAUCGCCACUCGUUUCGAAUUUCCUAUUUUUCGCACUUGUAUCGUAAUGUACUAUUAUGUAUCUGGGGUAUCGAAGGUUUACAAGACAGCUCCCCCCCAGCGUCGGCGUCUAGUCAGCGCUAUGGAAAAUGGCGUCGCUGCGCAGUUGCGCCCAAAUUGCGUCGAGCAACGACCAUACAGUUGACUAGACGCCGAUGCUUGGGAGACGCUAAUGGGGUGGCCUUAAGAAAAUAUAUAUUACAGUUAUUAUACAAUCCUUGAGUCUUAGCCCACUCUUAUCUUGAUGUUGGCAAGAUAUGAAAGUGUACACAGAGGUAAUUUCCCUUCGUCGAGACAGACUAGCUAUCGACUAUUUUCUUAUUAAAGAAACGGUCGUGUAGCUACUGAACCCGCGCGAUGAAACAGAUGCAUAAAGGGUUAUACACAAAUGUAACUUCUAAUUUGAUAUUUUCUGUACUAAAGGUUCAGAAAAUUGGUGAACUAUGUAUUUCACUCACGAUUCUCAACCGGUUUUAAUCGAUAUAAGUCAGAACCCGUAAUAAUGGAUGACGAACAUUUUUCAGUGUCGUCAUUUUCCUCAUAGAAAAAUCUCUGAAAUUCCUGAGGAUAGUUAAAAAAUUUAAGUAAAAUGGAAAAUUUGUUUCUCGUGAUAUUUUCAAAAAAAUCUGAGAACCUUUCCACGUUUUGGAAAUUUUCCGUAAAAUAUAUGUAAACUCCAUUAUCCUUAACGAGGGAACAGGAAUUCCAAAUUAAUACUUAUACCAUUUUGAUCUGAUAUGAACGAUUUGUAUUUAGUGUUACCACAUUAAUUCAAUUGAUAGCGACCAUUUAAUUUGAAACCUAAUUAUUUAUGCAUAAUAUUACCGUUGCAUCGGUUUUGGCAUUAAAAUGCAAAUGUCGGUCGAAUACCGGAGUCGAUUUGUUUGAUUAAACAUUCAACUAGAUUAUGCAGACUAAUGUAUUUUAUAUUAAUAAUAAGUUAGCUAAUUAACUAGCAAAUGUAUUUUAUAAAUAUAUUGUGUAUUUUGUAUUAUGUGUGAAGUAAUAACUGAUUUAUAAAAAAGGGUUGACUGUAA